AUGGAUGGUGCGAGAAGCAAGAGAUUGAUUGUGUCGAUUGAGCUUGUAAGGUUUAUGUGCCAUGACCAUCUUUUGAUUGAGCUAGAUAAGCCUUUGACGGUGAUUUCUGGGCGCAACGGCGCUGGAAAGAGCGCAGUGAUGGCGGCUGUUGGAAUAGUGCUUGGGCAGCGAGCACAGCAUCUUGAGCGUGGAAACAGCAUCAAGGAGCUGAUAAAGAGCAACGAAACAAGUGCAAUGGUGAGGAUUGUACUGGAUAACACCAAAGGAUUCAAAAAGGACUUCUUUGGACAGAGGAUUGUGAUUGAGAGGCGAAUUGGGAUUCGUUCUACAUCAAUGAGCAUUAUGAAUGGAGACCGUAGGGUUUGGUCUAUACGGAGGGAGGAUCUUGAGCUUUUGCUUGAUUUUUUUUCAUUGAGGUUUGAAAAUCCACUGAGCUUUCUUACGCAGGAUCAUGCAAAAAGGUUUUUGAAUGUGAUGCAACCUGAGUCGCUGUAUGAGCUUUUUAUGCGAGGAACAGAGAUUGAUGAAGUCUGCAGGCUGAAUGAAGAGUCGAUGGCGAAAGCAGAUUCAAUAAGAAAGGCUCUUGAGAAUGCGAAGUACGAUCUUGAAGAGAUCUCAAACAGGAUCAAUGAAGAGGAAAGAUGCUUGAGCGUAGCCAAGAACACAAGAGAAAUAGAGCAUUUAAUUAAGGAGAUGGAGGAAGAGAUUGAAUGGGCGCGAAUAGUUCAGAAGAAGAAAGCCACAGAGGAGCUCUAUCAAAAGGUUGUGCACGGACAGCAGGAGCUUGAGGAGUAUGUGCGUGCAAUUGACGGGCUUGAACAUUCGAUUGAGGAAACACGGACGAUGGUUGCUGGGAUUGAAAGCGAAGAUGCAGAAAGGAAGAGGCAAGCAGAUAAAAGAAAGGAAGAGAUUGUCGAUGCUGUUGCAAAGCUGAGAGCAAAAGACAGAGAGAUUUGUAAUGAUUAUGAAGAGAUGAAAGCAGCAAAGGAAUUUAAAGCCAAGAUAGUAUCUGGUUUUGAAAAACAGAAUGGAGUGGUUCUGAAUGAGUGUCCUCUGCUUGAGUCUAAGUAUUCCGAGCUUAUGAUUGAGCAAAAGAGUCUAGAGAGCUCGAUGGAAGCAAGCCUGGAGAAGUAUGAGGAAUGCAAGAAGGCGGCGGUGAUUGAAGAAGAUAUGAGCAAUGAAAGGAAUGCAAAGAUGUUCCAGUUACGAAAGCACAUUGACUUUUAUUCAAGAAGCGACCGAGACAGCUUUUUUGGGCCAGGAAUUAAGGACCUACUUGCUGAGAUCUCAAGAACAAAGUUUAAUCGAAAAGUGAUUGGGCCUAUUGGAUUGAAUAUAAAGCUUAAGGAGCCUGUAUGGGCGAAAGCAGCUAGCAUUAUCCUCAACAACACCCUGACGACAUUUAUUACAACCGAUAAGGAAGACAAGGAAGCUUUGCUGAGAAUUUUCAAGAAGCAUAGGACUAGCUUUCCAGUUUCAAUGCCGUCAUCGAAAGCAGAAAGGAUUUUGGAUUACAAAUCAAAUGCAAAAUACAAGACACUGCUUGAUGUAUUGAGAAUAGACGAGCCAUUGGUGGUGAAUCACCUGAUAAUAACACAGUCAGUUGAGCAAACCAUUCUGGUUGAGAGUCGAAAGAAUGCAUAUGAGACAAUAAGGUCAAGACCGAUGUUUGUUGAAUGCGCAUAUACCAAGGAGGGAGAUAAGAUAAAGAUAGUGGGAGGAGGAUUAUGUGAUUUUGUUACAAGGGGAGUUGAUAGACUGUAUUUUGAAAAUACACAGGAACGGCUUGAAAGAUGCAAGGAGGAGCUUCGAGGACUGGAGAUGCAGAAGGGAGGAGAGGCCAAGAUGAAGUUGAAGAUAGCCGAGGAAGAGGUGGCCAAAGCAAGUGAGAUGAUAGAGAUAUGUAGAAGACGAGGAAGUACAUUAAAGAUUGAGAUUGAGAAUGCCAAGAGGAUGUAUGAGAUACAGUUGGAGGUGGUGCGUGAGGAUGGACUCUAUGAAGAGAUAAGCUGCCUAGAAAAUCAGAUGAAAGUACUUGAAAAAAAGCGGGAUGGAAUAAGAGACGAGAUUGAAAGUCUAAUGAAGGAAGAUGAGGCUAUCCGUGGGUGGAAAAGAAUGAGCACAGUGGAGCUAAAGCAGAUGAUAGAUAGGCAAGUAAGUGAGGCACAUGCUACUAAGAUGAGAAGAAAUGCAUGCAAAGAAGAUGUGCAUGCUCUGAAUGAGGAAUACAAAAGAGAGAAGGAAGCAUAUGAACAAGAAGCGUUAGUGUUGAGUAGCAGUGGAAGGAACGAAAACUCAAUAGUAAGACCAGAAUGUGAGCUUAGAGAGCAAAUAUUUAGUUUGAAAGCACAGCUUGAGAUGUGUAAGAGUUCAAGAGAUGAGUGUGAUGUACAAAAGUCACUUGAGAGCCUUAGAAAGAUGAAGAAGAAGAAAGCCAGCCUGAUUGAUGAAUGCGAAGAGAAGAUGAAUGGAAUUCUUGAUGGUAUCCAAUCAAGAGUAGCCAAAAGAAAUUUGGUUAGAAGUACAAUUGCAGAAAAUGCAUCUGAUGAAUUUGCUAGAACAACCAAGAAUCGAGGAUAUGAGGGAUUCCUUGAGUUUGAUCAUGAAAAAAGAACCUUGGGUGUCAAGAUGAGAGUUCAUGGCAACAAGCAAUCUGGGGCACGGAGUAUGCUUUCUGGAGGUGAAAGAUCGUUUGCAGGGAUUUGCCUACUGCUUUCAUUAUGGGCAUCUUUGCCAUGCCCGGUUAAGAUACUUGAUGAGUUUGAUGUGUUCAUGGAUAGUUUGAAUAGAAAGCAUAUCAUUAAGCUUCUACUGCAGUUUUUCAAGGAACAAGGAUUUCAAGGGAUUCUUAUUACGCCUUUAGGAACCGAAGACUUGUUUGAGGAGUUUUGCGACGUAGUGGUGCUAGAGAAGCCAAGCGGCUGCAGAUGA